AUGGGGAUAAGUAGGCGUAUUAAGAUGACAACCAUCUUCAAAACCAGAAAAUUGUGGUCGGUGGUAGAAGACGGAGUUCCCAGCCAACCGAUGGAAAGAGAGGAGACUCCGGAAGUGUUGCGUUUGCAAACUAAAUGGGAAGAAGCGACAACACAUGAUAUGAUGGCUUUGCAAAUUUUACAAACGGUCGUGUCCGAUCAGAUCUUCUCUCGCAUAGAACCAGCAAAAUCAUCAAAGGAGGCUUGGGAUUCUCUGCAAAACGAAUUCCAAGGCACUCCGCAAGUACGAUUGAUCAAACUACAAUCGUUGAGAAGACAGUACGAAAAUUUGAAGAUGAACAAAAGUGAUAACAUAAAGGUUUUCAAAGAGAAGUUGAUUGAUUUGGAAAAUCAAUUAAGGGUUCAUGGUAAAGAGAAGACGGACUACCAAAUUGUCCAGAAGAUUCUCAUCUCUCCCCCAGCAAGAUUUGACAGCAUAGUGGCUGUGAUGGAGCAAACGAAGGAUCUGACUUCGUUGCCGGUAACAGAGUUAAUAGGAACUCUGAAAGCACAUGAGAAACGUGUGGAAGCCCGAGGCGAGACCAUGUCGGAAGAGGCGUUUAGUGUUAGAACAAGAGGAGGAAAAUCUGGAUUCAAAUCUUUCAACAACCAAAGCCAUGGGUAUCAAGGCAAAGGCAAAAGAUGGUGUGGCUUCUGUAAAAGAGAUAAUCAUACAGAAGCUUAUUGCUGGGAGAAACCUCAGAAUGAAGAUCAAGGAAAAGAUCUAAGAAACAAGAUGAUAUGCUACAAAUGUGGCAAAUGUGGUCAUGGUUCAAGGGAAUGUCAGUCUAAGAGGUAUGAAAGGGCACACAUGAGCCUUGAAGAUGAAGAGGAAGAUGACGGAGUUCAUAUGCUCUUUAGUGCAAGCAAAGAAAAUCCUACACCCACGAAAGAAGACGUUUGGCUGGUAGACAGUGUUUGUACAAAUCAUAUGACAAAAGAAGAAAGUUACUUCACAAGACUUGAUAGAAGUGUCAAGUUUUAA